CGACUACACCAACGGCAGCUUCGUUCGUUUGCCGAGUACGGACGACUUACUACAUACAGGAGGCGCCUCCUCCUCUCCACCUGGAGUCACAUCGUCUGCUCGACUCACGGCCUGUCCCGCGUCCAUCAGUAGCAUCGGAAUCGCAUCCCCCUCACGUGCGGGCCUCAGCCAUCGUCGCCCACCCCGAGCGCCUCCUGCUCCGGCGUCGCCCCCCGCCUUCCCUUGUCUUCCUCCGCCGACAGCCCGUUGCUUGCCCAAGAUCAGAGCCUCAGACGUACGGCUCUCAUACAUAAGAGCAAUCGCAAGCCCUCGUCAGUGAGGAGAGACAGACGCCGAGCAAACGCGAAUCGGAAAGACGGCCCGUGCUCGACGGGCGAUAGUGUGACCGUGUGUCCCACCUCAGCUAGCUCUGCCACGGCAGUGCAAGGCCCAGUUCGCAGACACAGCAGCAGCAGCAGCCGCCGCCGCCGCCGCCGCCGUUGCUGCUGCCUGCAAGCUGCCUGCAAGCUGCUUGCAGAUGGCGCACCAGUCGCAGAAUCCGACGUCUUGGGACGAAUACGACGGAAGGCCGUCCCCUUCAGGCAGCCUGACGUCAAGCGUGCUGGCCGAGGAGCAGGCUCUGAUCGACGACGACGACGACGGCGAUGGCGGUGACGAUGGGGGUCGUGAUGGCGGUACCGGGGUAAUUUUUGGCCACGAACAUCGUCCGUCACCAAUCGCCUGGCCGCCAUGGCCGACUUUGGCGGCCCGAACAGCUUCAGGAGCUUUGCUCGGAGCUGGCAGCGCGCCGCCAACUUCCAUGAGGUGAUCCCCCGUCGUCCGAGCCUCGUCAUGGCUGGCGAUGGCGACGAUGACCGCGACGAUGCCCCCCACUACGGGAGGAGUGUCGUGAGCGGCGGCGCCGCCACGCCGCACACGAGUCUGCUCGGUCAGCACCUCGCCGCCUCCCCGCAGCAGCAGACAUCCGCCGGUGCUGGCGGCGCUUCAGACGGUCCCAGCGCCGGCGCGUACGCCUACGGCUCUUUGGCUUUCAGGGGCGAGUAUCGCGAUGGCGAGGGGAAGGCUGUCGACUCGGAAAUGGCAUCAGGCGCGCUCCCCACGGGCUCACCGUCGAGCAGGUCCAGCGUCUUCGCCGUGCCGCCUCACCUGGCGACGCCCUCUGUCAUCGGCAGCUACGGCUCGUUCCGCAGCUCCCACUACGGCACGGCGCGCACGGCGCGAUCGCGCUCCUCUUUCAGCCACGGCAGUGGGUGGCGCAUCCUCGGCGUCGAAGGAGAUGGCGAUGCCGCCGCCGGCUUCGGUGGUGUCAGCACCGGCGGCGAAGAUGUGGACGCGACGCUGGCUCUGGGCGAGGAGCAGCCCAUCCUCGUCAAGGAGGUCAAGCAGGGUGGCAAGAUACUCCUGACAGUCGAGGGCCAAAGCACGCUACCCCAGUCCGUCUUCAACUCCAUCAACGCCAUCAUCGGAGUCGGCCUGCUGAGCCUACCCCUGGCCUUCAAGAUGAGUGGCUGGAUCAUCGGUCUAGUCCUCCUGACCCUCACGGCCGCCGUCACGGCCCACACGGCCAAGCUGCUCGGCCGCUGCAUGCAGUUCGACGCCAGCCUCAUCACCUACUCGGACCUCGCCUACGUGGCCUUCGGCGCCAGGGCCCGCGUUGUCGUGUCAGCCCUCUUCACCCUCGAGCUGGUUGCCGCCUGCGUCGCCCUGGUCAUCCUCUUCGCCGACUCUCUCCACCUCCUCCUUCCUGGCAUUGCCACCGUCAACACGUGGAAGGCCGUCUGCGCCGCCCUCAUUCUCGUACUCAACGCCAUGCCGCUGCGCUGGCUGAGCUACACAAGUGUCGUGGGCAUUUUCUCCACCUUUUGCAUCGUCUGCAUCGUCAUCAUCGACGGCUUCAUCAAAGAGCACGGCCCCGGCUCACUGUGGGAGCCCGCUGCGACCUACCUGCUCCCGUCAAAUUGGCUGUCGCUUCCCCUUGCGUAUGGCCUGAUGGCCAGCCCAUGGGGGGCUCACUCUGUUUUCCCUUCGAUCUACCGCGACAUGCGACACCCCCACAAGUGGAACAAGGGCGUCAAUGCCACGUUCUCCUUCUCGUACGUCCUCGAUACCUGUCUGGCCAUCAUCGGUAUCCUCAUGUUUGGCGACGGCAUCAAGGAUGCCAUCACCUCCAACAUCCUCAAGACGACAGGCUACCCCGAGGUCCUCAGCAUCCUCAUGUGCAUCUUUAUCGCCAUCAUCCCGCUGACCAAGAUACCCCUCAACGCCCGCCCCCUCAUCACCACGGCCGACGUCAUAUGCGGUAUACACGCCACCCACCACCACCACCACCAUGCCCAGUCCGCUACGACCCGCCGAUCACACGUGCUCACCACCUCUCUCCGCGUUCUUGUCCGCCUCUGCGUCGUCUUCGUCCUGCUAGUCAUAUCUAUCCUCUUUCCGGCCUUCGACUCGGUCUGCGCCUUCCUCGGCGCCGCCCUCUGCUCUCUCAUCUCGGUCAUUCUCCCCAUAUCGUUCUACCUCAAGCUCUUCUGGCACAGCAUACCUCUGCGCGAGCGCCUCGCCUCCUGGGCCCUCCUCGCCGUUUUCUCCCUCAUGGGCUUGGUUGGCACCGUCUGGACCUUUCUCCCCAAGCACCUUGUCGGCGCGUAGCUUGCUCGCGCUUGUCUCCCCGACCCGGUGGCCGCAGAGCACGGACGCCCUCGUGUCGAACUCCGUCAUCUGCGCUGCGCGCUUAUGUACGGCUCAUAUUGAGCCAAUUUAACAUCUACCGUACGGGAGUGCAUUCUUGUGGAGGGCUAGCUCUCGUUCUAAGGUGCUCAUAUGAGUAAAUAAGUGCAACGCUUUGUUCCGCCUCGCUUCCGUGCCGAAAUAAAACAUGAAGACCUGAUCAGUGCGCCAGCUGUUUGCGACGUAGAAUGUGCCCUCCGAUGUACAACUUGAGGUCGGCUACGCCUGAAAUCCAGGAUCCCGUCGUAUCACGCAAAAGUCAUGUUUCCGGCGACACGCAACGGGAUAAGUAUCUGUGCACCUCAUCAGUCCAACCGAUCUCUGGUCUAUAUCACGUCAUUGGCCACAAAGAAGAUAUUUUGAGUGGGUAACUUCUGGUAUUGUGUGACCUAUCUCUGACAAUAUCUAAUACGCAGAAAGCGAGUUGAGGCUCAAAACCAUGCCCCGAUGCACAACAGCGACCAACACCAGGCGGCCAAGCCAAGACGGUUCGAAUAGAUUUCAUCUGCGGCACCAUCGAAAAGGCGAUGCAGGCAGACGUGUUGACCAGUCUCGCCGUGAGUGCUGCCACUGCUCAUCGAAGCCUCGACACGGCCUCAACCACGAUUGGAAAGGUGUACGAGAGAGACUCAACUCUCU